ACCAUCACACAAUGAGAAGAAAGUGGAAUCCUUGAAUGCCUUAAAGUCGCCCACAUCGCCUGCUGCUUCCAUCGCCAGCAAAACCACUUCCAAAUCAGCUGGUUUCAUGUCCUUACUUUUUUGCUGUGCAUUUACACCGUUCCAACAAGAGAGACAUGGCGAGAAAAUCCUCAACCCUAAUUCCAGCAACAGCAUAUUGGACGAAAGGGCAAAACAGGACGUUGUUCAAGAGGACUGGGAAGCUGAUUCUGCUACUCGUCACGCUUCAGAGCCAAAUGCAGAUACCUGGUUAUUACCUCCAUUAGCGGAAAAGCACAAGAAUAAAAAGUGCCUGGUGUUAGACAUGGAUGAAACUUUGAUCCAUUCUUCGUUCAAGGAGGUGGAAGAUGCCGACUUUAUCAUUCCCAUUGUCAUCGAUAAUCAAGUGCAUAACGUCUAUGUACUCAAGAGACCGGGAGUGGACAAUUUUAUGCGAAGGAUGGGAGAGAUUUAUGAAAUCGUAGUGUUCACUGCGAGCUUAGCUACGUAUGCUGACCCUGUGUUGGAUCACCUGGACAUUCACAACGUUGUCGAUCAUCGGCUAUUCCGAGAAUCGUGCUGUAACCAUAUGGGCAACUUUGUCAAGGACUUGUCCCGACUUGGCCGUGACUUACCGAGCACCAUCAUAAUAGAUAACUCACCUGCCAGUUAUAUAUUCCAUAAUGAAAAUGCGAUUCCUGUGUCUUCUUGGUUUAACGAUCCACACGACACUGAACUCACCGACAUGACUGACUUCUUGACGGACUUGACUCAUGUAGACGACGUGAGACUAGUGCUAGAUCCAAAUAUCGGUCAAGAAGAGCCCAGUGAAAAGGCAACUAUAUGACAGAUACCCUCCUCUUUACUUUGAUUGAUUCCCGCAGCUUUGAACCUUUACUCCCGCCUCUGAGAAAGCUUGCUAUAUAUACACUGCCAUCCAACCCCUAUCAGAGAAGAAGAUGAAAAAAACCCCCCCCCCACAACCAAAAAAAAAA